CUCCGAGGCAGAGGGGGAAGGGGGCGGGGCCCGGGAGACCCGAUGACGUCACCGGGCCCCGCUUCCUGCAAUAGAAAUAUGUGGAUUAACUGACCUCACUGGCAUGUUUAUGGAGCUGUUUCUGGUCUGUUCUCCAUUGCUGGAAAAUUACGUAUGACUGGAUGAGAAUGCCUCGAACAAAACAAAUAAAUCCUAGAAAUCUGAGAGACAAAAUUGAAGAAGCACAAAAAGAACUUAAUGAAACUGAAGACCCACAGAAAGAAAUCUCCGAGGCUUCUGCAAGAGGGAGCACAGACGCAGUUAAAGGUGUGAAGCGUAAAAAGAUCGUAACUGAGAAUCAUCUGACAAAAAUACCAAAAUCACCUCUGAGAACGCCGUCUCGGGUAAAACCUAAGGAGAAAACAGAAGACCCUUCAUCAUCUUCUAAUAUUCUUCCUGAUACUUCAGAGCUGAUAAAAGAAGAGCGCAGUUUGGCUACGCAAAAUGGGAAACAAAGCAAACAAAACGAGGGGGCACUUAGCUGUGAGGUAGCUGCUAAAACAUCCAGAUCUGAGACUUCAGCACAUGCCAGGUUGUGUCGGUUACCUCAAUCCUUGGACUUGAACAAAUGGCCAGUAGAAGACUACAGUUCAUCCCAACUAAAUUUGUCAGUCCAGAAGGGUCUCCCUAGCUCUUUGUCAACAAUAGCCAAGGUUGACAAUAAUGAAUGUAUUCCUUUUGUUGAUUGUAGUAAUUCGUCCUUGUGUACAAAUUCUGCAUUUGAUGUCUUACUGAAAGCUAUGGAGCCUGAGCUGAACACCUUAGCCCAAGAGUGCCCUUCUAGUAGGAUGCAUAUAGAAAAACUGAAACCAAAUAAAACUGUAAGCGCCUCUUCUACUCUCACAUCCAAUACUCUGAGUGUCCAAAGUCAUGCUGCUUCGCUGCAGCAAGAAUUUGUAGCUGGAUCUCAAUAUUAUCCUUGCACUUCGCAGACUGUGCACGUAGCAACAUCAGGGAAGAGUGAACAAGCACAGAUGCACUCAGUUACUCACUCACAAGAACAAGUUCUCUCUAAAGCUGGGCAGCAGAACCAACAGAUUACAGCGUGCCCCAGCUUUACUAACUCAUUGAUGCAGCAGCAGAAUCAGGAAAAUCUCAAACUCCAGCAUAUUUACAGCAUAGCAGUAACCUCAUCUAUACUCAACCCCCCAUCGUCUACUGUUACUCAGGUUUUUUCUCAAAACCCGCUAGUAGCGAAAUCAUCUUCUCCUUUGUCGGUUCACCCCUCCAGUUCUGCCACCCAAUUACCUAUAGCUCCGUUGUACAGUUCAGCCCAGAUAGCUUCGGUUGUCAGCCAUGGUGUAGAACAAAUUUGUAACCUUCUGAAAGACCAGAAGCCUAAAAAGCUUGGGAAGUACGUCUGUGAGUAUUGUAACAGGGCUUGUGCUAAGCCCAGCGUUCUCCUAAAGCACAUCCGCUCCCACACAGGAGAACGACCAUAUCCUUGUGAGACUUGUGGGUUUUCGUUCAAGACCAAAAGCAAUCUGUAUAAGCACAAAAAAUCCCAUGCCCACACUAUCAAACUGGGACUUGUCCUCCAGCCAGAUUCUAGUGGUUUGUUUUUCUCCCCGGAGUCAGAUAAAGCACUUAGCAUCCAUUCUGAUGUGGAAGAAAGUGGUGACAGCGACGACGAAGGCACAGCUGACGAAAGGCAAGAGGACCAAGGAUCCUUAGAACUGGAACAUACACAUGUGAUGAAAAUCCUGUCCAAUUCUGAAUCCUCACUCAGAGGUAGCUCGGUUUCGCUAAGCAAUCCAGAAUAUAAGGGUGACUCACCAUUGCAGGAUUCAUUCACACAAGCAAGGACUUCUUUACCUAAAGUGAUCGUUCACCCUGUAAAUAUUUCUCCUUUAAGGUCCAAUAGCCCCAAAGUAGCAGACCCCACCUCGACAGUUUGUACGAUGCGACAAGGAGACUUGAAAGUCGCAAGUGUGAAACCAAAUGUAGUGUGCGCCGAGUUGGUAAAGGAGCCUGAUAUCAAGCAACAUCAAAAAACAGAAACAAGCAUUUCUGAGGAUCAACAUGGGGCCCCUGUAGUACAUGCUCAGCUACAGAGGCAGCAGGCAACUGAUUGUUCCCAGGAUCAGCAAGGAAAGUGUCUCUUGAGCCCUAGAAGUUUAGGCAGCACUGAUUCAGGAUACUUCUCACGUUCAGAAAGUGCAGAUCAAAACAUGAGUCCCCCAACUCCAUUUAUGAAGGGACUGCCCACUUCUGAAAAAGACCUAAGUAAAAGUCUGCCUUGUGUUCCACGGAUGAGCACCACAGUGGCAUCUGUUGUGCAGACAGUUUGCCCUGACAAGAACUUGCUUUCCUCUGGCCAAAUGAGACCACCCUUGGCCACAAAAACUCUAGAAGAACGCAUUUCUAAGUUGAUAUCUGAUAACGAAGCUGUAGUGGAUGACAAGCAGUUGGAUAGUGUGAAGCCACGGAGAACAUCACUGUCAAGAAGAGGCAGCAUUGACUCUCCAAAAUCCUACAUUUUUAAAGACUCCUUCCAGUUUGACCUAAAACCAAUGGGUAGAAGAACUAGUUCCAGCUCUGAUAUACCAAAGUCUCCUUUUACACCAACUGAAAAAUCAAAGCAAGUUUUUCUUCUAUCUGUACCAACCCUUGACUGUUUACCUAUAACCAGAAGUAAUUCUAUGCCUACUACAAGUUAUUCAGCUGUACCUACAAAUGUAAUACCUCCCCCUCAUCCCCUACGAGGAAGUCAGUCUUUCGAUGAUAAAAUUGGUUCCUUGUAUGAUGAUGUCUUUGUCCCAGGACCUACCGCUCCACAGCUCCAAGGUGGACAUCCCCGCACGCUUGUUAGACAAACAGCAAUAGAAGAUUCUUUGAUCAGUGAAGGGCACGGUUUUGGACCAGCACGAUCUGUAGAUGAAAGCUAUGGAUGCAGUACAUCUAAUGAAUUUGUAAUGGCAAGAAGCAAAUCGUUUGUACAAGGAUCAAAUGUGGAUAAAACAAAGAAGUCACAUCAAGGCAGAGGGACAAUGUUUGAAUGUGAGACUUGCAGAAACAGAUAUAGAAAACUGGAAAACUUUGAGAACCAUAAAAAGUUUUAUUGCUCAGAGUUGCACGGACCAAAAACCAAGGCAGCUACGCGAGACUCGGAACAUAAGAAUGUUUCCAACAGUACACAACCCCAAAUCCUUCACUAUCGUGUUGCCACUUCCACUGGUAUCUGGGAGCAGACGUCUCAAAUAAGGAAGAGGAGGAAGAUGAAAAGUGUUGGGGAUGAUGAUGAUGAACCACAGGCAAAUGAUAAUAGCAGUUUGACAAAAGAUGUAAAGUCAGAAAGUCAAAAUAAACCAGCAAAUACUGUCAGUGUCUCUAAACACGCCACCACUUUCCUAGGCUCACACAGCAUUUCACUUCAAAAAUUGGCUCAAAAUGAGCCGGAGGCUUGUGGGGCAAAACAGUCCAUGGAGACAAGGGUGUCACUGCAUGGUGAAAAGCAGACUGUCACAGCCACGCAAGAAAAAGCAGAACUGAAAAGGCAAGGAGCCGGAAUUUCAGUAAUACAGCACACAAACUCUUUAAGCAGACCUAGUUCAUUUGAAAAAUCAGACUCUUUUGAAACAGUUUCUCCCGUUUCCUUUCAGGAUGGCAAUAAGGCUGUGAAGCCCCACUCUCUGAAUACCAUCAUGGUUCAAGAGGAGAAGCGCUCCCUCCUGCUUGCCUCCCACAGUCAUCAGGCGUUGGAAGUUUCACGAGUUCAGCUUCAUGAACGUCCGGUUGCUCCUAUUGAAAGGAAUGUACCAUUGUCAUCAUUAAGACUUGUUCGCCAGCAUAACAUCCAGGUUCCUGAAAUAUUGGUCACAGAGGAACCAGAUAGAGAUCAGGAAAUUCAAUGCAGCGAUCUGGAGAAGACAGAAAAAUUUAAUUGGCCGCAGCGUAGUGAAAGCCUAUCAAAGCUCCCCACAGAAAAACUUCCACCUAAGAAAAAAAGAAUUCGCUUGGCUGAAAUUGAGCACUCAUCUGCUGAGUCCAGUUUUGACUCUACACUUUCUAGAAGUUUAAGUCGGGAGAGCAGCCUGUCACAUGCAUCUAGUUUCUCGGCUUCUUUUGACAAAGAUGAUAUCUCUAAAAACGAGAGUGCUUCCAAAGCAGAACCUUCAAGUAAAUCCCUGGAAUUCCUUACAAUUCCUAACAGUUCCAAUACACUCAAUGUGCCUCAUUACAGAGAAAUGCGACGUGCUGCUUCUGAACAAAUUAACUGUACCCAGCCAUCCAUGGAGGUUGUGGAUUGUAGAAGCAAGUCUUUUGACUGUGGAAGCAUGUCUCCACCCAAACCUGCCUCACUUAUAGAGACAUCUACUUCCAAGUUGUCUCCUGGCAGUGGUGCUGUUGGACAUGUACCUCUGUUAGAAAGGAGGAGGGGGCCCCUUGUAAGACAAAUAUCUUUAAAUAUUGCUCCAGAAAAAAAUCAGUCUGAAAUUGUGUCAAGCACUUCCUUUCAAACCGCUCCUGCAACAGAGCUCUCUACAGCAUCCUUUCAAAGAUCACAGAGCUCGGGGAAAUCAGAUGGAUUUCCUUCAAGUUCAGAGCACUCACGGGUUUAUGCCAAGUCUUUGUGUGAGCCUCUAUCCGUUAAAAGCAGCCUCUCUUUUAACCUGCCUUCCAACGAACAGGCUUUAGGUCCUGGUUCACAACAUCAUGUUCCACAACCUUCACCCAAUCAGUAUUCACAACCCGCUCUUACAGGACCAGCACUUGGAACUCAGAAAAGCACGAGUAUGGUUAUUGGUCAGCAUAGCAUGCAGGAGGAUUGCUUUGCCCCCAAAUAUCAGCUUCAAGUUAAAGCAAUGUGCAUAGGUCAGCAAUAUCCUGUAGGUCUUCCAAGCACAGCUGGCAGAGAGCAGGCUGGGGUGUCAUUAGAAAUGCACACAAAACAAAAUGACAAAAUGUCCAAUCCAUAUGGGCUGUCUCCCUUGCAGUGUGUUCCAGAUCAUGGCUGUGGUCGUGUGUAUCAGGUGGCAUCCUUUGUCGUCCCUGUCCGCAUUCACAGUAAUAUUCCAUCCUAUGGCUUGUCUACGGUUGCACCACUUCCUCGCAUUUUAGUGACACAGGAUCAGGCCAGCCAGUUUCUUUAUAAAACAAAUACCCCAUUGGUGCCAACGCUGAAAGAUCAAGGUCAGCUGCCAAAGUCCCACAGAGAUCCUCUGAGGAGUUUGCCAAGUUCACAGCCAGGACCAUGUUUUGAAAAUUUGCUUUAUGAGAUGGGAAGCAAAAAUUCUACUUCAUUGGGAUCCUUAAAUAUAACUCAGAAAGUGCCAGUUGGAGGACUUUUCCCUCAACAGGAAGCCACGGCCUCAAGCAAACGCAUGCUUUCUCCAGCCAAUAGUUUAGACAUCGCCAUGGAAAAACACCAGAAGCGUGUUAAAGAUGAAAGCGGAGCCGCCAGCGCAACCAGUGCUCUUUUGCAGCAUCAGUUGAAUGUGAAGGCUGGUGAAACUCACAAACAGAAGAAGCCAGUCUUAGUGCGACAGAUCUGCACCACUGAUCCCCUUGAAAGUUUCUCAUUGGAUCAGGAUGUCUUACCUCAUGACAAAAGCAGCGGAGUCAAUAAUUUGUCGGAUUUGCCGCUGCUGCCUGCAUUGUCGGAAUGUGCUCCGACUGGGAUGUCUUCAUUUACAAAGGAAUCCUCGGAACAUACAGACUUACCAACCUCUGACACUGUAGGGUGUAUGGUCAGAAAGCCACUUGAAGCUACUCUGUUGAACACUCAGGGUUCUUUUCUAAAGCCCCUAGAUAACAGUCAAGAAAGGAAAUCCCCCAGCAGUAUGAACGAGAUUAGGCAACCUAGCAUCCAGCACCAAGCAAAAUCCGGAACCACUUUGUCCAUUGUAAAUGCAAGUGAUGUACAACGAUUAUCUUUCCCAAGCCUAAAGACAACAACAAACUUUACAUGGUGUUACCUGUUGAAAAGGAAGCCAGUACAUCUGUUACAAAAUGACCAAAAGAUUUCAGUUUAUUCUUCUUGGUCCAUUAGUUCCAACAAUCCCAAUCCACUUGGUUUGCCAACAAAAAUCGCUCUUUCCCUCCUGAAUUCAAAGCAGAAAGCUGGAAAAUCAUCCUAUACUCAAGCAAUAAGUACUAACUUUAGAUCUGACAUGCUGGUCUAUUCAAGCAAGUGGAAGAACAACUUAUUUAAGCGGGCAUUAGUUAAACAAAAGGCAGCAAGGGAACUGAGCAAUAAAGAAAACUCUGAAACAAGCACUGAUCAAGAUAAUGAGAACUCCUUAGCCAAAAGUGAGCCAAGAAGAGUUAAAAUAUUUGAUGGAGGGUACAAGUCAAAUGAAGAAUAUGUCUAUGUUCGGGGCAGAGGAAGAGGAAAAUAUAUAUGUGAAGAGUGUGGAAUACGUUGUAAAAAGCCUAGUAUGUUGAAGAAGCAUAUUCGCACUCAUACAGAUGUCCGCCCAUAUCAUUGCAACUAUUGCAACUUUUCCUUCAAGACUAAAGGAAACUUGACAAAACAUAUGAAGUCCAAGGCACAUAGCAAGAAAUGUAUGGAUCUGGGAGUCUCCGUAGGAUUAAUAGAUGACCAGGAUGUAGAAGAAUGCGGUGAGAAGCAACGGUUGGGCUAUGAUCGGUCUGGAUUUGAUGCUGAGGAUUCUGACAUCCCUGACGACGAUGACAAUGACAACGAGGAAGAGGAUGAAGACAGCCAAGCAGAAUCGGUUUUAUCUGCCACUCCCUCGGUUUCAGCCAGCCCACAGCAUCAUCCUUCUAGAAAUGUUUCUCAGGAGGCCUCAAGUGCUGAUGAAGAUACCAGAAUCACAGAUUGUUUCGCUGGCAUUCACACAGACUCUAUGGAUGGGCUGCCGAAAGCACUUCUCACAAAGAUGACAGUACUUAGUUCGGCACCCUCAGAAAGCAGUUGCUCAAGGCCCCUGGGAGUAGCUGUACUCCAUGAAGCAAGUGAAAGCCACACACAAGUCAGGGAAACCAGCACGGAGGCUGCUGGGUCCUCUGAGGCUGUUCCCAGGUCUCCAUCCCAUCACAUGUAUGUGGACUACCCAGAUGCAGAGGAAGCAUUAGGAACUUCUGCUGGUGCUACUGUUGUUACUACAGCAGUCUCCAAGAGCACAACCUGUACAAGACUUCCUUCCCCACCUGUGGACCGGAGUACGCAAACCACAAUGGUGGCUCCUUCAGUGGCCUCAUCUUACCUAGAGCUCCUAGAGCAGAAGCAUCAGCAACAGACCACGAAUUCAGCACCUCCCCAGGCCCACCUCUUCAGCCACCUCCCUUUGCACUCGCAGCAACAAGCCAAGACCCCUUAUGGUAUGAUUCCUGUGGGGGGAAUCCAUGUGGUACCUGCUGGCUUGGCCACAUACUCUACGUUUCUUCCCAUUCAGGCUGGACCAGUACAACUCACUAUUCCUGCUGUUAGUGUGAUCCACAGAACUACAAAUGCUCUUGGUGAUCCAGCCUGUGCGGUCUCUGGCACUGCAAAUCGUCUUGGUGUCACUGAAGUGAACAAUGUUGUGCCCUGUAUCCCGAUUGGCCAAAUUAAUGUGCCAGGUAUACAGAACCUGAGUGCGCCGCCCCUGCAGUCUCUUCCGUCUCUGAGCAUGGAGACGGUGAACAUCUUAGGUCUGACAAAUACCAAUAUCACUCCACAAAUACACCCUUCAGGGUUAACCCUAAAUGCGGUAGGGCUACAAGUUUUGACUGCAAACCCUUCCUCUCAGACCACCCCCAGCCCUCAGACGCACAUUCCAGGUCUACAGAUACUGAACAUAGCACUGCCGACCUUAAUUCCUUCAAUCAGCCCUAUAGCCACGGACGGGCAGGGUCUCUCAGAACCACCAGCUUCCAGUAACAAGGCCUGUGAAACUCACCAGGAACGGGGUCCUGUGAGUUUUGCUGCCGAUGAUCCCAGCAAGAUCACCAGUGCUCAGUCUCCUCAGGUGGCACCUGCCGACCAGCGGUACAAAGUUGAAAACCUGUCCGAACAUGUUUCUUCGAGCGAAUACCAACGACGCAAUAGCUCGGAUAAACCGGACCCAGAAAAGCCUGACUCAGAGAGUCAUAUAAAACCAAAGUGCAAUAUCAGUUCUGUUCGGGUCGAACAGGCUUCGGUAUCAGAGCCUCCCAUGAAGGUGAAUUCUGAUGUUUUAUCCAGUUCCCCAAGCCGUCGAACUGUCUCUCCAGAUAGACAAGCACUUAGGCGAAAAGGGUUGCCUGAGCGACAGAAUACUGUGGAGUUCAGUGACAGCAGCAGCGACGAUGAGGACAGACUUGUAAUAGCAACCUAGGGUUUUGGGUUUCCUCUUGGGUUGCGUGUGUGUGUGUG